AUGUCGAGGGACAGAAGCACACUGAUAAUGGGCAAUAGGAAACAUCCUAUGCAUAUCAGGGAGGAAGAAGCGGCGAUCUCCUACUUACCUCAACCACUUAUAGUGGCCGCCAGUCACGAUCUCUUUUUGGAUGACGACAUGAUCGCCAAAUUUUUACGAGAGUCGGUUUUGAAUUUGGCAUCUGUCACCAAAAUCCUGAGUACAGCUGGGCUUGGAUGGGAAAUCAGGGAGCUACACGCAACUCAUUCUUCUAAAUGGCUUAACAUCCCAACAAAGAGUAAUGAUGAUAUUGCUAAAAUCAUCACCCCAGUUGAGUUGAUCAAGAAAGGAAAUAAAGUGGGUCCCUCUGAGGCUGCCCUCCUGACUAAACUUGGGGAAAAGCCAUUCUCAUAUGCGCUUGCAAUUCUCUCUGUUUAUGAUAAUGGAUCUGUCUUAAGCCCAGAGGUGCUCAACCUCACGGAGGAUGACCUCGUUGACAAGUUCGCAGUUGGUGUUUCUGUGGUUGCUUCGUUGUCCUUGACUCUCUCUUACCCAACUCUUGUAGCUGCGCUUCACAUGUUCGUCAAUACCUACAAGAACGUCCUUGCUGUUGUUGUUAUCUCUGUUGCAUCUGCUGAGAAUGCUGCUGCUCUUGCCUCUAAGGAAAAAGAGAAGAAGGACGAGCCUGUCGGCGAGUCUGACGAUGACUUGGGAUUUAGUUUGUUUGACUAA